UCCUCCCGCCCUUCCGCGCUUGCUGCUUUAGGGUUUGCUGCUUCCCCCUCCUCCCUCCCCGUCCUUUGCGCUCUAGCACCGGCUAUCUUACUCCCGGACCGUCCAACACCUCGCCUCCCUCCACCUGGUGUAUUCUGCAAAAGCUUUCUGGCUUCUAGUCGGCUUAGGAGGUCCCCUAGUUCCGCGGAAAUCGCGAGCUAAAUCUGUUUCGAGGCUGCUCGAAACGCCAUGGAGGUCGACGCGCCUUCGCAGAACGGAGCGACAGCGGCGGCCCCACCGGCAGCUGCGCCGGCGGCCGGCAAACUGCCGCCGAAGCCGAAAUUCUCGGCGUUAACGGCGGCGGAGAUGGGGGGAAGCAAGUUCGAGUUCCGCAAGAUCCCCGUGCCGCCGCACCGCUACACGCCGCUUAAAGAGCGGUGGAUGGAUAUUUACACUCCGGUGUUCGAACAGAUGAAGAUUGAUAUCCGCAUGAACUUGAAGUCGCGCAAGGUGGAGCUGAAGACGCGGAGGGACACGGCGGACCCAUCCGCGCUGCAGAAAUGCGCGGAUUUCGUGACGGCGUACAUGAUGGGGUUCAGCCUCACGGACGCUAUAGCCAUGCUGCGAAUCGAUGACCUCUAUAUCGAGUCGUUUGAGAUCAAGGACGUGAAGACGCUAAGAGGAGAGCAUUUAUCACGAGCCAUUGGACGCCUAUCUGGCAAGAACGGCAAGACCAAAUUCACGAUUGAAAACGCCACACGGACACGAGUCGUGAUUGCCGAUUCCAAGAUCCACGUGCUCGGGGCGUACGCGAACAUCCGCGUGGCGCGAGACGCGCUCUGCUCGCUCAUCCUCGGGUCGCCAGCUGGCAAGGUGUACUCUAAGCUGAGAACGGUGGCGGCACGGCUAUCAGAGAGAUGAUAGUAAAGCGGUUCCGGGUGUUGUAUAGGGACGAUGGUAUUAGGCAUACUUGGUGAGGGGAGGUGUACAGCUCGUUAAGUGUAUACUACAUUGAGAUCCGCGGAACGGAGAACGUUAGGAAUCAUGUGCUGAAGUCAAGUACUACACUAGUUGUCGUGGGGAAUGCAUACUAAUAUACUUAAUGAGGAAAUUGUUUUAUGCUGUAUUUGUGUAGAGUAGAGAGUACACGUGG